CGAAAUUGUGGUCACGAGCGUCAAAACAUGAAGUCAUAUGACAUCUUUGCUUGUGAUCAAUAUUCUGGUGCAGGUUAAUUAGAUCGAGACGAAAAUGUGUAUUGUGGAAGUCAUUGUGGAUUCUGCGUAGAGGGAGCCAAGUUUUGUAUUUUAUUAGUGUAGGGGGGCGUAUAUUUUAAUUAAUUUUGGCGCUGUGAAACUUCUUGGCCAUUUGUGACAGGCGUGGGCCUGUGCGCUUAAGAUGGAAAGCAAUUACGGGUAUUCAUCCUAUCAUAAUGGAGGGCCAACAAGAGAGAAAGAUUUCCAAAAGCUGGCACAGACAAUUGGCACCAACAUACAAAAGAUAUCAAAAAAUGUGUCAUCCAUGCAGAAGAUGGUUAACCAACUGGGGACGCCUCAGGAUUCUCAGGAUUUACGCAACCAGUUACAUCAGAUACAACAUUACACGAGGCAUCUUGCUAAAGACACUAGUUCAAAUUUAAAGGAACUUGCAGGUUUACCAGCUCCAGCUCUAUCAUCUGAACAGAGACAAUGGAAGAUGCAAAAGGAACGACUGUCAGAUGAAUUCACUACAGCUCUUAACAAGUUUCAAGAAACACAGAGAACUGCUGCUCAAAAGGAAAAGGAGCAGGUGCAGAGGGUUCGUGCGAAUUCUGGUCUUGCAGAUCCAUUUGGAGAAGGUCGCUUUUCUGGUCAGUUGAUAGAAUUACAAGAUAGUUCGGAAAGACAACAAGCCCAACUCCAAGAAGAAAGAAAUCUGCAGCUUAUAGAAGAACAGGAACAGGCCAUUCGUCAGCUGGAGAGUGAUAUACUGGAUGUAAACCAGAUUUUUAAGGAUCUUGGAGCUCUUGUACAUGAUCAAGGGGAAGUUAUAGACAGCAUUGAAGCAAGUGUUGAAAAGACUGAAAUUUCAGUUGGGUCAGGAACAGAACAGCUUCGUCAGGCUGCCACGUAUCAGAGCAAACGUCGAAGGAAGAAAGCUUUCAUAGCUUUUGUUAUUGGUCUGGUAAUUUUGCUUAUUGCUCUCAUUAUCUGGCUGAAAAGUUAAGAGUGCACUGUUGAGCUUGAAAAUAAUUCCAGUAAUUUGAUUUAUGCUCUGUCCUUGGUAUUUUAAGUGAAUUAUCACUACUUGUUUCAUCCUUUAUUUAUAACUUCCUUGGUUUUAUAAGUAUUGUACUCAUAAUCUUUUCUUUACAUGAGGAGCAGCUGAGUUUCAAUAUCUUCAUCUUUACCUUCCAAGCCAACUAAAGUAUAAUUGACAAUUCCUGUUGAUGUUAUGAUUUAGAGAGUUUAAAAUCACACAUGUUGGCAAAAAUUGAGGUAUAAUAUUUGUAUAUUGUGAAGAUCUAUUUAAAUAUUAUGAAGAUGUUUUUACUCAUGAUUUUAUACCAGUGAUGUAAUAUAUAUAUAUAUAUUAAAUGAAAUCAGUCAUAUUAUGUACCUGUGAUUGAUGGUAUGCUUAAUGCAUAAUGGUGGUAUAACUUUGGGAUAGUUCAUUCUUUAAGUAAAAUACAGAUGUACAGCAUCUAAUGUAAAGUUUAUUUUCUCUGUAUAGUUUGUACACAAUGUCUGUCAUCUUUAGUUGUACACAAAGUCUGUCUUCUUCAGUCACUACUUUAUAUGUAUAUAUCUUUCUUGCUUAGAGCAAAGCCCAGUUCUGUAAAUGAGUGAAACUGUUGGAAUAAUUUUUCCCUGGAAGGAACAGGGCACUUUGCACGUAACUAUUGAGAGCACAGGAAUAUUCCAUAGCUGAAACAGUCGUAAAGCAUCUACCAAAUUUAUAUAAAGCUCCACUCAUAUUUCACGUCAGUCAUUUGGCAUGGCUGGCUUUGGCAAGUGCUUACUUUCUCAUUAAGUAUACUGAAAAUGUUUUUUUUGUCUUUUUAAAUGCCAUUGUUUUCAAGUUAGCUCACAAAAAAACAGUAGCACUUAGAAAAAAGUGUUACGAAGAAUGCUGUAAAGAUGAUGCUGUGCUGUCAAAAUUUGUUUACAAAUAAAAUACUUGUUUGCAAUUUGUCUGGUCGUUCACUGAACUUGUGUGUGAUCUCUCUGCUGUGUUUAUUUAAGUUGAUAGGUAAGACACAGUUACUCAUUUUUAUUUGUGGGAACUAGGAGGCAAUUGGAAAGCCACUGAAUAACAAUGCAAUCUAAUUACUACAUGCAGUAAAAACAGUAAGGAUACCAUACAUGAUACAACAUUGUUAUAAGGCAAUUUACAUAACAAGUACAGAUUGUACUAGACCUGUAGCGCCAGAGAUCUGUAACUAAAAGUAUCCCACAGCAAAAAACUUAAUUUACAGUGCAAGAAAAGCAACAAAGUGUAGCACAUUUUGUACUGGGUCUCUGAAAUAAAACUCACACAGCUCUGUUUCAUGGAUUUAAAUAUUUAAUUUGCAAACAUCAAAUUUAAUUAAUGUUAUGAAAUAAAUGUUAAUAGUUACCUUCAGGUGGACUGACGCUUCGCUCGGUUGUAAUUUCAUACUAAAGGUUCAAAUUUGUGACUCGAAGCUAAAAAGAAACUUUGUUGGUCACUUUAUAGUCACAUAUGUUGUGACUUUGUGCACUUGAUAACUCUCUUCUUCAUUGUAGCAUUUUUUAUUUGUAAAUAUGUUCUUAUAUCAGGUUAAUUUGUAUACCCUGCUGUAAGUAAUAAUCCAUUCAUGUGAAAACUUUUCCUUGAUGUGACUUUACAUUUGAGAAUUGUGGUCCAGGCUGACAAGUUUCAUGUAUGCCAGUUGGGCCAAUAGAUUGUCUGUUUCAAGAGUUCAAUGUUGUAAAUUAAUUUGUUUGAAGUUACAUGUGUGCAGUGUGUGUUAGUACCACAAAAUUUGCAAAAAUGGUUAUUACAGCAAGUAUUCCACUUAAUUGUGAUAGCAAAUUAUAAAUGUACUACAGGAUUUGCACACACACAUAUAAGACUUUAAAGUAUUAUUUUUGGAUAUGUGCUGUCAACUAGACCUAGUGUCCAAAUGAAUAUUGACAAAAUGUAUGGAAAAUCUUUUGUCUUUCAUUUAGUGUUCAGUUCAUUCUAAAGUACGUUAUAUUGUAAAUGACUAUAUCAAUAAACUUAUUUUGUUAAA